CCUUUUCAACUCCCAUUCUGUUUUGUUUUCCUUAUUUCAGUAUUGACACAUUUUUAAGUGCAGCUAGUUUUUGAGUUUAGUAAUUGUUAGUUCAUUAAUUAAUUUUUGCCUUUAAAACAAGAAAUUAUCAAUAAAAAAUGGUAAAAACACCAAAAAUUAUACGAACGAUUACCACAACAAAAGGAGAUGCAACGUACACAAUAUACGAUUUAUUAAAAGAAAUAAAGUGUAGACCGGCUAUUUGGCAAGUUGGACAUAUUGAUCAUGCAAUACGUUCAAUAUUUAACGAUAAUUGGCGUAGUAUUGCUGAAGUUCUAGUUCCACAAUUUCAGCAAGUGGAUGAGGUUGAACAAAAAGCAAUAAUAUUAAAUUUAAAAAAUGUUUUUCAAAAGUUAAAAGAUGAUUUGUGGCUGUUUCAAAAAUAUAAGCAAAACGGUGAUAAAAGAUAUCGUCUUUACAAUUUCGGCCGACAUAUGGAUUUUGUUUUACAAGAUCGCGGCUUAAAACUUGAGGAAGUUUAUAGUCAAGAGGAACUUAAUGAAAUGGACUUGUUCGAAAGAAGAUUUAAACAAACUUAUAUACCAGAAAGCUUAAAAACUGGUAAUUUACAAGAAGAAAUGCUUGAAUUAAUAGAACCAUCUGAUCGCUUCAUGGAAACGGAAGGAUCUCAAGUUUUUAGCAACAAUUCAUAUGAACCUAUGGUUUAUUGCAAUGAUGGAAAUGAUUUUGCAAGUGUAGCACCCUCUGAUGGAAUGUACAGAAAACAGAAACGAAAAGUAAAAGAUGCAGAUCAGGCAUUUUUUGAUUCUCUUAAACCCUGGUUACGUAAAAUGACUCCAGCUCAGAAGUUAGAUUUUAAAAUAGAAUUUUUGCAAUGUCUAAAAAAAUAUUAAAUAUAUAUAUAAUUAUUUUGGGCAUAAAGUUAAAGAAACUUAUUUGUAUCAUAAAGA